AUGUUAAAGGUCACAACACCUGUUUCAAGAUCAACUAGUGUUCGAUCUGUUUAUCCUUUAAACAUCCCAGAGUCUGAUGAAACAUCUCAAGAGAGGUGCCAAACAAGAGCUACAGAAGUUGAGCAUAAUUUGGCUUGUGCCCGAUCAGAAUAUGGUGCAAAUCAUACCACUACAAAGUCUCCUACAGGCAGGGUUAACCCAUCUUAUCUUGCCACAUUAAAUUCCAUCCCAGGUAUUUGUGGAGACCAAAAUCUUGACAAUGAUAUCAUUGGAGCUUUAUUUGAUGACAACGAUCGGACCAUGUCUAUUCUUUCUGGCAGUGGGAAGGGGAAAUCCCUUCCUACAGUAGCUAAAGCUCCUUCACAUCUUCGAAAACGGGGUACUUCAAAGGAUUAUUUGAAUCCCCGAGGACAACCAGUUCCAAAGAUGUUAAAGGUCACAACACCUGUUUCAAGAUCAACUAGUGUUCGAUCUGUUUAUCCUUUAAACAUCCCAGAGUCUGAUGAAACAUCUCAAGAGAGGUGCCAAACAAGAGCUACAGAAGUUGAGCAUAAUUUGGCUUGUGCCCGAUCAGAAUAUGGUGCAAAUCAUACCACUACAAAGUCUCCUACAGGCAGGGUUAACCCAUCUUCUUUUCCUCCACUUCCAGAUCUUGCCACAUUAAAUUCCAUCCCAGGUAUUUGUGGAGACCAAAAUCUUGACAAUGAUAUCAUUGGAGCUUUAUUUGAUGACAACGAUCGGACCAUGUCUAUUCUUUCUGGCAGUGGGAAGGGGAAAUCCCUUCCUACAGUAGCUAAAGCUCCUUCACAUCUUCGAAAACGGGGUACUUCAAAGGAUUAUUUGAAUCCCCGAGGACAACCAGUUCCAAAGAUGUUAAAGGUCACAACACCUGUUUCAAGAUCAACUAGUGUUCGAUCUGUUUAUCCUUUAAACAUCCCAGAGUCUGAUGAAGUGAGUUUGUCAAGCGAAUCUGAUCAUGCACUCCUUUCAUCUUGCAUAUCCAAGGGUAUUUUCAAGAAAUAG